AGACGACGCGGAUCGCCAUCAUCAUCCAUCGAUUGUAUUCUAAAUCGAUGGCUGAAAGUGCUCAUCCCACUCGUAGUCUUCAUAUAUAAACACGACCUCAACCUUUCAUUUCAAUCAUUCUCAAUUCAAUCUUCUUCAUCAAAUCUUUACAGUUUAAAUUUAAGAGAAAAAUGUCAGGUCGUGGAAAAGGAGGAAAGGGUUUGGGAAAGGGAGGAGCAAAGAGGCACAGAAAAGUGCUUCGUGACAACAUCCAGGGAAUUACCAAGCCUGCAAUUCGCCGUUUGGCCAGGAGAGGUGGUGUCAAGAGAAUCAGUGGACUCAUCUAUGAAGAAACUCGUGGUGUUCUCAAGAUCUUUCUCGAGAACGUUAUUCGUGAUGCAGUGACAUACACUGAGCACGCUAGGAGGAAAACCGUUACAGCCAUGGAUGUGGUUUAUGCUCUCAAGAGGCAGGGAAGGACUCUCUACGGUUUCGGCGGUUGAUUUUAGGAUACAAUUUAGGGUUUCCUACGAUCUAGCUGCGGUUAGAUGUAAAUGUUUGUUAAAUUUCAGGGGAUUUUCUGAUUUGUAAUCUUGUUUUUGGUUCAUUCAGGUUAGGUUAGUUUUGGAUCUGUUUGAGCUGAACUGUUACAAAUAGUUGUGAUUCUUGUAUUUGGAAGUUUAUCUUAAUGAAGAAUUCUCUCUUUUCUUCAA